AUGUUUAGACAGCUCUCACUGAAAACUAUAAAGAAGCUCAAGGCGCAGGAUGCUUCGAGUGGGAAGGCAACAGAACCGCUCAAAGCAGAUCCAACCGUGGAGGAUCAGAAAUGUUCUGCAGCAGGGGAGGUGACUAGAAGGGUUCUACAGAAGAUGAAGAGGAAAGAUCUGGAGCAGAGGUUGCCUGUCAGCACAGCAGCAGCAGCAGCAGCAGCACCGAACCCACAAGCCAUCACAGAAUGGGAACAUGGUGUGAAGGAGAGGAGAAAAACUGUUUCCAGUGUAAGAGAGUACGCUCGUGAACUCACCAUCGACACCAACACCCUGCACAAGAACCUGAGCGACGCCGACAGGAAGGUGACGGCGGUGAGAGAGGAGCGGCUGCUGCCCGACCACCCGCACAGGUUCGACGUGUACCUCCAGCUGCUGUGCGGCGCUGGUCUGACUGGUUUCUGCUACUGGGACUUCGAGUGGACCGGUUGGGUGGAGGUGUCGGUGAGUUACGCAGGAAUCGGCAGGAAAGGAAGCAGCGACCACUGCAGGUUCGGAUUUAAUGCCCAGUCCUGGGUUUUGGAGUGUUCCGACUCCGGACCCAGCCGAGGCUAUUCCGUCCGGCACGACAGCGGAAGGACGGCGCUGGCGCGUGGCUCCGUCUCGGGCAGAGCGGCCGUGUUCGUGGACUGUCCUGCCGGGACCGUGUCCUUCUACGAAGUGUCGUCUGACGAACUGACCCCCCUCCACACCUUCAGCACCACGUUCUCCGGACCCCUGUACCCGGGCUUCGGCCUGUUGUCUCCUGGUUCCUCUGUGUCGCUGAAAAGUAGCGGCGGCGCGUGAUGUUUACGUGAUUCCAGUUAAACAGAUAGAGAAUAGAGAGACGAUUUGAUUGACAGGUCCUGCUCUGUACUGAACAUUCUCCUCCUGUGGAAUGUUUUACAUUCUGCUGCGUUAUUGUCCCUUGUCCUUGAUCCAGAUUUGAGAAGUGCUCGUGUUCCUCCAUCCUCCACAAAUAACAGUCAGUCAGUCUGUCUCAGUUCAUCCUUUCACUUUGCUUCCAAAUGUCUUAAAUUGCAUUAAAAUAUACAACCUUGUAAUCUAAAAUAAACUUCUCCAAAGACUU